CGCGUGGCCUUCUGGGAGCCCUGCGUCCUACACGUAGGGAGGGAGAGAGCGGGCGAACCGGGUGAGUGGAGGCGUGAGGCCGCUCUGCCGAGUAAGACUCGAUGGUCUGGAGCAGCCGGGCGACCAGACACGCCCUUCCGCUGUGGGAGGAAGUGACGCCAGCGCGCUGAAAGGCGGGCGUAGUGUGAGAGGAACCGGGAGGAGGGCGAAGGAACGACAGACUCUGAGGCGACGGACGAAGCGAGCCGAAGCGGGAAGCGCGGGGCUCGGGCGGGAAAAAGGCCCCGAGGCGGCGGAGGGCCAGGCCGAGGCCGAAGCGGCCCAGGAGCAAGAUGAGCCUCAAGUCCGAACGCCGUGGCAUCCACGUUGAUCAGUCCGAGCUGCUGUGCAAGAAAGGAUGUGGUUACUAUGGCAACCUGGCCUGGCAGGGCUACUGCUCCAAGUGUUGGAGGGAGGAGUACCAGAAGGCCCGGCAGAAGCAAAUCCAGGAGGACUGGGAACUUGCAGAGAGGCUCCAGCGUGAGGAGGAAGAGGCCUACGCCAGUACCCAGCACCCUUCGGGAGCCCAGUCGCUCACUUUCACAAAGUUCGAGGAGAAGAAGACCAAUGAGAAGUCACGGAAAGUGACGACCGUGAAGAAGUUCUUUGGAGCAUCUCGGCCGGGAACGAAGAAAGUGCUGGCUGGCAGGCGGAGAGCGGAUGUUCCAGAAGCCAAGGCGCCCAGCCCUUCCAUCAGCCGGCAGGUCAGCCUGGAGACGGACCGGGUGUCCAAGGACUUCGUAGAGUUCCUGAAGACAUACCCAAAGUCCGGACAAGAAAUCCACAAGCAGUGCCGGCAUUUCCUGGAAGUCAUGCACCACAAGCGGGGGCUGAGUGUCGAAGAGCAGUCUGAAUAUGCCCAGGACUUCUAUCAGAAUAUGGCUGACCGGCUGCAGAGCCGCUGGAAAGUGUCUCCCGACAAAGUAGAGAAGGCCAUGGAUCAGAUCGAGAAGUAUGUCAUGACCCGGCUGUAUAAGUACGUUUUUUGCCCAGAAACCACCGAGGACGAGAAGAAAGACCUCACUGUCCAGAAGAGGAUCAGGGCCUUGCACUGGGUGACCCCACAGAUGCUCUGCGUUCCCGUUAACGAAGAGAUCCCCGAAGUCUCGGAUGUGGUUGUGAAAGCCAUCACAGACAUCAUCGAGAUGGACUCCAAGCGGGUGCCGCGGGACAAGCUGGCCUGCAUCACCAGCUGCAGCAAGCACAUCUUCACCGCCAUCCGGACCACCAAGAACGAGCCGGCGUCGGCCGACGACUUCCUGCCCACCCUCAUCUACAUCGUCCUGAAGGGCAACCCGCCCCGCCUGCAGUCAAACAUCCAGUAUAUUACCCGUUUCUGCAACCCCAGCCGGCUCAUGUCUGGGGAGGAUGGCUAUUAUUUUACCAACCUAUGCUGCGCCGUCGCCUUCAUCGAGAAAUUGGACGCUCAGUCCUUGAACCUGAGCCAGGAAGACUUUGACCGCUACAUGUCGGGCCAGACCUCUCCAAAAAAGCCAGAGCCUGACCACUGGCCAGCCGACGUGUGCGUGGGGGUCCGGCAGAUGUACCGGAACCUUGACCUCCUCUCCCAGCUCAGCGAGAGGCAAGAGAGGAUUGUGAGCGAGGCCAAAAAGCUCGAGCGGGACCUCAUUGACUGGACCGAUGGGGUCACAAAGGAGGUCCAGGAGAUCGUUGAAAGGUACCCGCUGGAAAUCAAGCCUCCGAACCCCGCCUUGGCCGCCAUUGACUCGGAAAACGUGGAGAACGACAAACUGCCCCCACCCUUGCAGCCUCAGGUUUAUGCCGGAUGAUCAUCCGGGAUCCUGGCACACUGGCGGCGUUCCUCCCCUCAGCUUUCCUCUCCUUGGAAGGUGGGCUUAAAGAGGGACAGAAAAGAGUUUAAAAUCAGCACAUGUUAAAGGUACUAUGGGCUGGUAUCCUGUCCACAGCUAUUUAUUUUAAUCAGUAUCGGUAACUGAGGAACUGCCUGUUUCUGCACUCCUGAACCGAGCUUAACGUUCUCCUUUUUUUUACAAACACACCCACCCACACAAAACCCCUAAUAUAAUUUUGAAGAUCUUGAUUUGGCGAUAUUCUCCUCUCUUCCAGUUGUGUAAUUCCCUGUGUUUAUAUGUACUUUUUUGGGGGGUAGACCUCUCCUGUCCCUCUUGAAACAUAUAUUAUCAGCAUUUUGCGAAGAACGCCAAUUCGGAGGUGAACACGUUAAAAGGUACUUAAAACCGUUCAGUUAUCAGGAAAAGGAAGACUUUUGUUGUAAAGUAAAUAUUUAAAACUGUAAAUAGCUUGGAUGUUUUGGGUGGGAGUGUCUAGCUUGCAUGGCCUUUUGAAAAAGAUUUGGUUUUUCCUUUCCAUUUUCCUUCGCUGCUUACAGUUUUAUCCCAGGAAACUUUUGGGUGGGAGGGGAAGCAGGAAGGAAGCACCCUAUCGUAGGAAACAACUCCUGUUGACUCGGCCACAACAGGACUGAGGACGUUCUAACCUUUGUGACUUCUCUUCUGAUUUUUCUUCCAAAAGAAAGAAAUGAAAGAAAGAUAAGCUUUCCCUUCUCUCUUGUGUUGGCUGGCCUCAGGAGCACAAGUGAGGAUGUUUCAAUAGCAGUAUACAGUUAGCCGGAACCUCCGUAUCUGUGGGAUGUGAACUCUCCGAAAAAUAACCAAGAAUGCAUUUUGCCAGUGCAAUGAUGCUGCCCCUGUGCUCAUUCCUCCCCUGCUUUCUUAACAGAAGUAAAAAUCCUGAAAACCUUCUGGCUUCUCGUCAGCCCACUGCAAGGCUUGCCAAGAAUAGGUUGGGGUGGUAACAGUUGCUCCUUGAGAUGGGAAGAUCAGCAGGGAGUUGAAUCCGUGCCCAGCUUUCCUGGGUCGCUUUUUGGUGAGUUGGAUGGACUGUUCCCCGAGGAUUCACCCUGGCAGAAAUGGAUGUUUGCAUCCCAGCAUCCAGGAGGGUGACCUAAAUAUUCAUGGGUUGGGGAGGAGGAGGACGUGCUGAUCUCCGCUCUUCCUGGACCUCCAUGGAUUACUUAGCAGUACAGAAGAGGGGAAAGGAAGAGCUGUUUCCUCUGAAACAUGUAGAUAUAUAUCUAUAUAUAUCUAUAUCACUGUUGAAUCCAUUGUUUCGGGGGGGUGAUUGUUGUUGUUGGUUUCUGCCUCCCUUAAGUACAGGCUUUCCAGUGUUCUUAAUAACCUGGAUUGUUCUGCUGGUUGAAUCAUCUUCACUUUUGCCUUUUCUGGAAGAACAGAAGCAGUGCUUAUGCUCUCGGCCACUAAAUUCAUCUCUUGUGUGUCUUUGUGAGACUUGGGGGAGCAAGGGGUUGGCCCACACGCGGUAACACGUGGACAGCACUGACAAAUAUCUAGGAAAACCGGCCUUCCCUGGAGACAUCUUCCUCACAUGUGGGUCUUCUACCACCCAGAUUGUGUGAGAUGUCCUCUGAUCCAGGGGGAAGACACUCCAUGGAAGACAGUUGAUAAGCAAAAACCUGUUUACAGUGUUAACUUCUCUUGUGUUGCAAUGGGACACUUUUUAAAAAGAAAAAUACCUAAACUACUUUCCUCGAAGUUCCUUUUUUAUCUUAAUUUUGUCUGUGGGAGCAAUAAAUUACUUUGAAGUUGAUCUCCUAGUCUUGUUAGGGACUUCUAUUCCCAAGCCACAUCUUUAAACUCAUCUGUGCAGGCUUUAUAGCUUUCCCUGGGUAUAUAUUUUUUGGGGGUGUGUGCAAUAGGGUCAGACCAAGACUGCGCUCUGUUUUGUGUUCGUCCAAGGAAGAACCUUUCUUUUUAAAUUUGAUCUGAGCGAUGUGCUUUUCAGACUCCUCAAAAGUUAGUUACCCUUAACUUAUGUGAAUGAGUGGGUCACCUAGCUAGGUGUUCGUCCCUGUCUGUUCUAGAAAAGAUUCCUUCCUGGUCCGAAGCUUCCUUUCUGGACCACUUGCCUCCUUGCGUGACACCUUAGGUGCUAAUUUUGGUUUCCAGGUACACCUUUUCACUCCUGAACCAUAUUAUAGCCGCUGUUACUGCAACUGCUGUCAAAUAAAAUGAAAGCCUGUACAACCAA